CAAUAUCUUCCGAUAGGUGUGUGUCAGUGUCAGAGUUCAUCUCUACACAUCAACCACAGCCGCAGUUUUAUUGGUUGACAUAAAACGAAGUAUGUAUCAGUUUAUAUGCGGAGUUUAUAGCUGUGGGAGCAAUAAUCUGCAUUAUUAUUAUUCUUAAAGGCGAAAAUUAUCUAGGAACUUGCGUUUAGAUAUUGACUCAUAUACUUUGUGGAUUUUAGUGGUCAUAUUAGUUCAAUUUAUAGACGAUAUGAGUUCAUAUUUCCCACAAGGCCAGGCCGGUGACAUGGGGCCCCACGAUGCAGGAUCGAGUGCUGUUUCGGAAGGGAGUUUUAAUCGAGAAAGCUGCACAAGUACCGAUUUCAAAUCCCCCGGAUACGUUGCCCCGGGGUCGAAUUACAAUGACUUUACAUGCCGAAUGCCAGCAGCCUUUCAAUCCAGGACGGGGGAAUUUCGAAAUGGACUACCAAAUAACAAUUUUCUAGCUUCACAAUAUGGCCAAUCGGGACUCGGAGGCCAAGGUUUUGCCGACAUUGACUGUGGUUUAGGAACUGCUACCUCGCUAAGUCAUUGUUCACCAGUGUCUCCACCCCCACGAGUAACACCAUUUUACCCAUGGAUGUCUAUAGUCGGGCCAAACUCUAAUCAAAGAAGAAGAGGAAGACAGACUUACACUCGCUUCCAGACUCUGGAACUGGAGAAAGAAUUCAAAUUCAACCGCUACUUGACAAGAAGGCGACGGAUAGAGCUAUCCCACAUGUUGUGUCUGACGGAAAGACAAAUUAAAAUUUGGUUCCAAAACAGAAGAAUGAAAGAGAAAAAGGAGAACCAAGCGAUCAAAGAGAUCAACGAACAAAGUAAGACUGAUCCAAUACCAGCACAAUCUUCACAGCGGACAUUGACUAGUCCUUCGUAA